AUGACCAACCCACACCAAAAACAAUCCCCUCCAAAGCGGGGCCUCCUAACCCUUCAUCACUCCCUUAACCACCCUUCCCCAGACCAAAACACAACCCAAGGAACGAAAUACCCAUUCAUAGCCUUCUACACCUCAACAUUCCCAGUAGAAGGCCUCAAAAUCCUCCAAAGCCGCAACAUCCAAUCCCAAUGGGUCCCCUCAGUGACAACCGCCAGCACACGCAACUACGCAAAAGACCCGCGCUUCGCCGAAACAUGGAACAAGCUAAUCGUCUUCUCACUCGAGCAAUACGAGCGCAUCGUCCUCCUCGACGGUGACAUCCUCAUUCGUAAGAACAUGGACUCACUAAUGGAAUUACCACUUGACGAAGCCGACGUCGAUGGGAGUCGCCUGUUCGCAGCGACGCAUGUUUGCGCUUGUAAUCCCAUGAAGAAACCCCAUUAUCCUGCUAACUGGUGUGUAACAUGCUAUCUCAAUCUAUCUACUUUCCUCACAUUCCAAGAUACUGCUGUACUAAUGCUUCUCACCAGGGUUCCCUCGAACUGCGCAUACACAACGCAACACUCCACACCCGACGAAGCGCAAACCGUUGCGCCACCGCUGGGCUCUGGGGUCGGGAUGCUCAACAGCGGUGUGUUAGUCGUGCGACCUUCUGCGCGGGUGUAUGACGAGAUCACUGCUGGGUUGCGGGAGACGGAACGCAUUGAGCGGUAUGACUUCCCUGAUCAGGAGUUAUUGUCUGAUGUUUUUGCGGGACGGUGGGUUCCGCUGCCUUAUGUUUAUAAUGCGCUUAAGACGUUGCGCAUUGAGGGUGUGCAUGAUUGCAUUUGGAGGGAUAGCGAGGUUCGGGCUGUGCAUUAUAUCUUUGCUACGAAGCCUUGGCAUGAGGAGGUGAAAGAGGGGGACCUAUCUGGGUUGGAUGCGACAGGGGUUUGGUGGUGGAGGGCUAAUUGGGAGAGGAUGAGGGUUGAGAGGGGAGUUGGUGUUUUGGAUGAGUUCUCGGGGGCUGGAUGA